AUGGAGACGGCGGCGCGCCUGAGGAAGGGCCUCUCGCAGCAGUUCUCGGCCGGAUCCGCGAGGAAAAACGAGAGGUACAACCUCCGGCCGCAGACGUCCCUCGACCGGAGGAAUAGCAUGAAUGCCUCGCGCUUUACCCUUGGGCGACAGUCAUCGCUCGAUCCCAAUCAUAGGAGCUCCGUCAGGGAAGAGCUGACAGUCCCCGAGAAUCUGGACUUCACGAUGCAACUUCUGUUCAUGUCUUGCAAGGGAGAUGUCAAGGGAGUGGAGGACUUGCUGAAUGAAGGCGCCGAUGUCAAUAGUAUUGAUCUGGACGGGCGGACUGCUCUACAUAUUGCCGCCUGUGAAGGGCAUAUUGAAGUUGUGAAGCUGUUACUGAGUCGAAAGGCAAACAUCGACGCAAGAGACCGCUGGGGUAGCACGGUGAGUUUUCACUUCAUGCUCAUCUAUACUUCCUUUUAAAGACGAGAUGUCAUUUCUUUAUUUUCAUUGCCGAAACAAAUGUAUCGGGUCAUACUGAACACCUGUAUAUAACCAUAGUAGACUCAUCACAAAUUCACUCAGAUUUUGGUAGGAUCAUUUGGUUAAGGAAGCUUCCCGCUUUAUUGACCUUCUCUUUGAGUGAACCAUCUCAAUACUCCCUCACUCAGUUAUUUGUCGUCUUACUUCUCGUGCGUAAUAUUUCCGUUGAGGGAAAAACAAAUUAGAUACUCGACGAUGAAAUAAAAAGUACAUGAAUUCAGUGGUAUUGCUAUUCCGCAUAUAGCCAUUGAGCGAAUCAGCCGUUUACCAAGUCUUUCUUAAGAGUAGUUUAUUUUUUUUUUCAAAGAUUAUUUUAUGCAGUCGAAGAUGGACAUCUGUCCUCAUCAGAGUUAUUUGACAGUACUCAUUGCCUUGCAUAAUGUCACGCUACACUACGUUACAGGCUGCUGCUGAUGCCAAGUACUAUGGAAACAUUGAAGUCUACAAUAUGUUGAGAGCUAAAGGAGCCAAUGUUCCUGUAUUACUUUUUUCAUCUUUCUAAAUUAUAAACACGGUUACUCUAUCUUUAGUUAUUUGCAUAAUUUUCUAACCCAUUUUCACGUUCGCCUUCAGAAAUCAAAAAAGACUCCCAUGGCUGUUUCAAGUUCAAAAGAAAUUCCAGAAUAUGAACUCAAUCCAGGGGAGCUUCAGUUUCGCAGAGGUGAAGGGAUUGCAAAGGUAUGCCUUGCUGUACUGCAUUUGUGAUAUAAAGGAACUGAAAUUAGAAAUUUUACGCAACCUGCAUAAAAUGAAAUUUUCAUUUCAUCGCCAUCUCGGGCUCGGUACCCCCACCAACCUGCGAUCCAGAAAAAAAAUGAACGUAUUUUUGUCCAGGGCUGCCCUUUCCUCUUAUGAUUUUCGUUGAAAGAAAAUGACGCAAGUUUUUCUUUCCCUUUUUUCGUGGAUAGUUGACUCAUGGUAAAUUAAAAUAACUUUAUAAUGAGGUCAAUGUAGGAAAUUUAAAGCCAAAGUCUAAUACGUAGAACAAGGGACAGUCGACUGUUUUUCUCAAGUCUCCUCCAUGUAAUAUAUCAACUAGUGUGUUUACUGAAGCCUCAUGAUUCGUAUUUAAAUGAAAACUUUUAGGUUGAAUGAUAUUUCUGCAGAAUGCUUUUCUUUAAAUAAUGGCGGUUGGAUUAUUAUUUCCGUGGUUCCUUAGAAACAAUAUUUCUUGCAUCUGAGGAGCAAUUUCUUUAUUGCACAGGGUACCUACCAAGUGGCCAAAUGGAAUGGGACAAAAGUUGCUGUGAAGAUACUUGACAAGGAAAGCUACUCUGACUUGGAAAACAUGUAUAAUGCUAAACUUAUAGUUUACCAUGUGUCUUCCCUUCCUUGAUGUACAGUCUCUUGUAUACAGUGUCGCUCAUGUACAAUGGCAGACCCGCAUUACUAAUUCAAAUGGUAUACUCUGUCGAUCAUGUAGAAUGGCAGACGCACAAAUUCAAAUGGCAUAUGAUGCAAAGCAUGAGAAUUAUGUUAGUCACUUAAUGAAUGCAUAGGUCUGUACCAGUUUUGCUCUUUUUUCGACAGAAAUGCCUUCAAGCACGAGUUGACACUGUUGGAAAAGGUUCGCCAUCCUAAUGUAAUCCAGUUUGUCGGAGCUGUUACUCAAAAUAUACCAAUGAUGAUCGUCUCUGAGUAUCACCCGAGAGUAAGUUUUUACUGCGCAGAACAAUAUGGAUUCCACUUGGAUUAAUUUCUUUUUAUUCAAUUUUAUUGUCUACGAAUUCAAAGUUACUAAAAGGAUAUUGAGUGCUUUUUUUUUCAUUUUUCCUAUUUAUGUUCAUAAACAGUUGAAACUGUUUACAAGGCUUAUGUUGACCAUAAAUACUAUCAGGGUGAUCUUCAUAGCUACCUUCAGAAGAAAGGACGUCUGCAGGCCCACAAAGUACUUAGAUUUGCCCUUGAUAUUGCGAGGUACUGUCUAUUUCACUGAGUAGUUGAUCGAAGGUUACAUACCGUGGAUAUUACAUUCUCAUGUGGAAUGAACUCUCAAGUAACCUUCUACUAGUCAAUAGAUGGCAAUUUUUAAUUAUAACCCUCAAGAUGAAAAAAUCCGGCCAGAAAAAUGCAUACAAAUAAAUGAUAUGAUGUCUUCAGAUCAAGAUUUUUUUCUCUUAAGUUUUUUUAAUUUUACCUAAAAUUUUCACGUACUGUCGAAGAUUUUGUCCACUCUUCCCCUCCUCCACUGACCAGGGAAAUCAUGCGUCAAAUAUCAUCAUUUAGUUUACAUUUCCUUCGGGGUCAAUUGCUCGUGUUCAGACUCUUUUGUCUACUGAGUACCAUCUACCCUGUUCUUUGUGUCAGGGGAAUGAACUAUCUUCACGAAUGCAAGCCAGAUCCAAUCAUCCACUGCGAUCUAAAGCCAAAGUAAGAUCACCAAAUGCAGUCUUCUAACCUAGAUGAGCAAACACGUGCAGAUCCGCUUUCCUUUCCUCGCAUUGGCAUGCGCUGCUCUUUACUAUUCUAAGUUUUGGUAAGGUGCCAGAAAUAUUUUUCUGGAUAGCGGAGGCCAACUGAAGGUGGCAGGCUUCGGUCUGAUCCAGAUGAUGACAGUAGCUCCUGAUAAAGCCAAACUCGUGCAUCCAGAAGCCCAAAUCGACGGCUCAAGUACGUGAUUUUCUGACAAUUUUCGUGCCGUCGCCUUCUCCGCAAGAUCUUCCGUUUCCCCGGAUGCCCCUGUGCUCUUUUCUAUUGCUUUCUCCCCUGUGAUCUUCCCUUCUCUCGUGGUUAGGUCCCUACGUGGCUCCGGAGGUCUUCGAGGUCGAGGUCUUUGACAGAAGCGUCGACGCCUUCUCCUUCGGUUUCAUCCUCCAUGAGGUUCGUCAAUAUCAACACAUAUACUAUUUAUUAGUUGGUCCGAUCUCUAGCAACGAGGUUUUUUUUAUUUUUUAUUUUUUAUUUUACGAAGCUAAUUCGUCAGGUGCUCUGCUCUUCCAGAUGAUCGAAGGAGCGCCAGCUUUUCACCCGAAGAGCCCGGAAGACGCCUCAAAGAUGAUUCGUUCGGACGGAUUGCGACCGUCUUUCAAGCCCAAAUCGAAGAGUUGCCCUCCGGACCUGAAAGAGUGAGAUCCCUUCCCUCGCAGAAAAAGCUAAAUUUUUUCACCGCUGACUCAUGGUGUCAACGGCUUUUGACCCACAAGAGAGAGAGAGAGAGAGAGAGAGAGAGAGUCGGUGACUAUAUGACUACUGGAUAAAGUCAAAGUCAAAUUUUGUUGUCUUUACACAGAUUGAUCGAAGAGUGCUGGGAUCCCCAACCUCUGAUGAGACCGACUUUCUCGGAGAUAAUCACCCGCCUGGAUAAGGUCCACGCAGCCUGUACCAAGCAAGGACGUUGGAAAGAUAACUUCAAGUUGCCAUGGUACCCUCUCUCUCUCUCUCUGUCUACCGGGUACAUGCACGUACACUGUUAUCUACCGUACCACCAAACGUAUCGAAAUGUUUUGCAGGAAAUAA